AUGGCGGCAUGCAGAUCGCUUGUGCGCCAAUGGCCUCGCUAUCUUCGUCGCCCAACUUCGGUAGGAACUCUUUCUAGGUUAGGCCAACCGAGGGUUCAGACACAACUCGGCCAAUCCGUCCAGCGCGGAUAUGCUUCCAUCUCGGCCGCGGAGCUUAAGUUUGGACAACCGCUGCACGAGACCCAUCCGCACUUGCUGGACCCUGGAGAGCUAACGCCCGGAAUUACUGCCCUCGAAUACGCACAUCGUCGCUCGCGGCUCGCAAACAAGCUUCCCAAACAUGCAGUCGCCGUCUUGUCGGCCGCGGAGGUGACCUACCGAGCUUCGGGAAUCUUCAAUGUCUAUCGCCAGGACUCCAACUUCUUCUACCUCACCGGCUUCAACGAGCCGAAUGCGCUGGCCAUCAUUGUGAACGAUGGCUCAGGUAACAACCAUCUAUUCCACCUUUAUUGCCGGGAGAAGGAUCCGAAGGCCGAAUUAUGGGAUGGUGCCCGCUCAGGCACUCAGGCCGCGAUGGAUGUCUUCAAUUCAGACGAGUCAGGCGAUAUUGAACGUAUCAGCGACAUUCUUCCCAAGGUUCUCGCCGACGCGACAGAGAUCUACACCGAUAUCCCCGCCUUCAACCCCGGACGAUCAUCCUUGCACCGCUUCCUAUACGGUCCUACCGGGACCUCAGACAAACUCAAGAAGCUGGUCGAUCACAACAAGGUCAAACCGCUGCGCCCUAUCCUGAACGAGAUGAGGGCUUUCAAGAGUGAGGAAGAAGUUGUCCAGUUGCGGCGAGUUGGCCAGGCAUCCGGACGGGCAUUUACCGAGGCUAUGAGGCACACAUUUACCGGAGAGAAGGACUUGACGUCCUUUCUGGAAUACAACUUCAAAAUCAACGGCUGCGAUGGGAGUGCUUUUGUUCCCGUUGUUGCCGGUGGAUCGAAUGCUCUCAGUAUCCACUACACAAAGAACGAUGAUGUACUCAAGGAUGGAGAGAUGGUCCUCGUUGAUGGAGGCGGUGAAAUGGGCACUUAUAUCUCCGACAUUACCCGGACGUGGCCAAUAAAUGGCAAGUUCUCGGAUGCGCAACGCGAUCUGUACAACGCGGUCUUGAACGUGCAUCGCAGCUGCGUCUCCCUUUGCAGGGAGAGCGCAGGUCUUUCGCUUGACCGCUUACAUGGGAUCGCCGAGAAUGGACUUAAAGACCAGUUGCAGCAGCUUGGUUUUGACCUCUCUGGAGAUGCCCUGAGGACCUUGUUCCCACACCACCUGGGACACUACAUUGGAUUGGAUGUCCAUGAUUGUGCCGGUUACUCUAGAGGUUAUGACCUCAAGGCCGGACAGUGCAUAACUAUCGAGCCUGGUAUCUACGUUCCGGACGACGACCGGUGGCCGGCCCACUUCCGAAACAUCGGGAUCCGCAUCGAAGAUAGUGUUUGCGUUGGCGACGACAAUCCUAUUGUAUUAACAACAGAGGCAGUUAAGGAGGUAGACGAUAUUGAGGCACUCCGCGACUAG